GGGGAUCUGAGUCUGAAGCCGAUCUCCGCCGCAGUUGGUUGUAAGCGGAUGUUAAAAGUGAAACCGAGGAAAGUUGCGCCGCGUUAUCUCGUAAAGCCCCGGCAUCGUCGAUUUUGCAUACCAGUUAAUCAAAACAGAGCGAGAGAGCGAAGAAUCGAACAAUGAUCAAUCCGCGACUUCUGCUGAUCGCCGUGAUCUUUGCGCUCAUUGGGAAAGUGGCACGCGCCCAAAUCGCCUUCGUCGAGGAUCAAGACAUUGAUAAGAAGAAGGCCAAUCUAGCGGGUCGCAAGCCGCUCUAUUCCCCAGCCCGAUGCCCCAAGCACCAGCUUCUUUAUCCGGGCGACCAGCAGAAGCAAAACGACUGGGUCUGCGACUGCGCACCAGCCACACUGUAUUACCCGGAGACUGACGGCUGCUAUCCGGCCUACCGGCAGGGCCCCUGCGAGCCUGGUCAGAUGCUGGUGCUCUACAAGGAGCGCAUCAUUCCGGAGUGCAUCCGUAAUCCGUGCACCAAGGACGGGCACUUCAUGAUCCGCGACGCCUGCUACGAGUUCGGCAACACCAAGAAGGAGGAGAAUCCCUGCCCCUACAAGGAGGCAACCUAUGUGCUCGGCGUGAAUCCCACCAACCUGAUGGUCGACUGUGUGAAGCUGUCGGUGCAACUGGAGACGCGCAUCUCUGACACGCCGGAGCAGGCUCCGCCGGAAUACUACAUCGAGCUGGCAGAAAAGUGCGCUCGCGGUAGUCGUCUUUUGGCCCAAGGGAAGUGUUCCUAGAGGAUAACGACUUAAGAUUUGAAUGUGUUCCGUUUGGUGCUGUACAUCCCAGUGAAGAAUUUCAAAUUUGCUCAAUGUUUAAAGCAGGUACACUAUGAUUUUUGGAUUACAUUCCAUUAAAGACCAGUUCUCAAAUUUAA